UCCAUCAAAUAUCUCUAUAUAUGUUACGAACCAAACUCUUCUCCCAUGGACCCUAACCAUAUCCCCAACGACGACGACCAAGAUCCGAACUCGAAAACAACCACCGAGGAGGUCGAACAAGCCAACGAAAUGGGCAGUGGCCGCUCGUACGAGUGCGUAUUUUGCAAACGAGGGUUCACAACGGCUCAAGCCCUCGGCGGUCACAUGAACAUCCACCGCAAAGACCGUGUGAAAACCAAGCCUAAUACUACCAAUAAUAGUCCCUCCAAGCCCGAACCCUUCGCCCACCAUUCAACUCUCCGCCCAACCACGCCACUAAUCUCAACAUCCCAUCACCACUCUUUUCAAACCUAUUUCCCCACUUCUUCCACUUGGUGUUUGGGUUCCACUACCACUACUACUACUACUCCCUCCCCCGAUCAUCAAUUGGCGUAUGUUCACAACAACCUCAACAUCAACAACAACAAUAAUAGCAGUCCUCAAGCUUUGAACGCGUUCAAGGAGAAUUGGACGAAUAUCAGCCUCCCCUCACGCACGCCUGCCCCUGCUUUGAUCAAUCAUCGAGACAAGAGAUCAGAUGGUAACGUUGAAGACGACGACGACGACGACGACGAUGAUAAUAAUGAUGAUGAACUUGAUCUUGAGCUUCGACUUGGUCACGAUCGGUAGUAGACGUAAUAUUAUAUUUUUCCAUUAAAGCAUAUGAUAUAUAA